UGAGUGACUGCCUGCCGGGCAGCGCCCGGGAACGAGGACUUUGCCUGCGGACUCAGGCAGCGCGGGUUGCAGCUCCCGGCUCAGACCGAGGCUCACUCGGCCGGGGAGAGGGUCGCAGGAGCAGUGGGCCGAGGGGUAGGGCUUGGGGUGCAGGGAGGGCCUCGGGUCUUGGGCUGGGGGUGCAGGGCUGGGAGGAGGGCGGGGGAGCCCAGGGACAUGGCACUGCCCGACGAUGAGGAGGGGACAACGGUGGCGAACGGGCACCCGCCCGCGAACGGAUACCUCCCGGUCCCGGGGGACGCGCCCGCUGGAAAGGUGAGUGCGGAGACGCAGAACGGGCCCAAAGCCGGCUGCUUGGCCCUGAAUGGGGUCUCUCGGGACAGCCCCAAGGCCGCCUCGGGAGCUCUGGACAGGCCGAAGACUCCGCUGGCCCCGGAGGAGGAGACCCAGGCCCGGUUGCUGCCCAAGGACCCCGGCGAGCAGACGCCGGCGGUCGAGGGCACCCUGGUGCCCCGGACUGCGCUCUCCGCGCGGCGCUUUUUGGUGCUACUGAUCUUCAGCCUGUACUCGAUGGUGAACGCGUUUCAGUGGAUCCAAUAUAGCAUCAUCAGCAACGUUUUCGAGGGCUUCUACAACGUCUCCUCGCUGCACAUUGACUGGCUAUCCAUGGUAUACAUGCUGGCCUACGUGCCCCUCAUCUUCCCGGCCACCUGGCUGCUGGAUACCAGAGGCCUGCGGCUCACCGCCCUGCUGGGUUCCGGCCUCAACUGCCUGGGCGCCUGGAUCAAGUGCGGCAGCGUGCAGCAGCAUCUCUUCUGGGUCACCAUGUUGGGCCAGUGCCUGUGCUCUGUGGCCCAGGUGUUCAUCCUCGGCUUGCCCUCCCACAUCGCUUCAGUGUGGUUUGGGCCCAAGGAGGUGUCCACAGCUUGCGCCACCGCCGUGCUAGGUAAUCAGCUUGGAACUGCAGUUGGCUUUUUGCUGCCACCAGUUUUGGUGCCGAACACACAGAAUAACACACAACUGCUGGCUUGUAAUAUCAGUACCAUGUUUUAUGGAACUUCAGCUGUCGCCACACUUUUAUUUAUUUUAACGGUAAUUGCAUUCAAAGAAAAACCUCAGUAUCCACCAAGCCAGGCUCAAGCAGUUCUCCAAGACAGUCCCCCUGGAGAGUAUUCCUAUGGGAAAUCAAUAAGGAACCUAUUUAAAAAUAUUCCUUUUGUCCUUCUAUUGAUCACUUAUGGUAUUAUGACUGGAGCAUUUUAUUCAGUCUCAACAUUAUUAAAUCAAAUUAUACUGACAUACUAUAAGGGAGAAGAAGUGAAUGCUGGAAGGAUUGGGCUAACGCUAGUGUUAGCUGGAAUGGUGGGCUCUAUUCUUUGUGGUUUAUGGCUGGAUUAUACCAAAACAUACAAUUUCUUCAUGACUGGUUACCUCCCCUUGGGUUUUGAAUUUGCUGUUGAAAUCACUUACCCUGAGUCUGAAGGUACUUCAUCUGGUCUUCUUAAUGCUGCUGCACAGAUAUUUGGAAUUUUAUUCACAUUGGCGCAAGGAAAGCUCACGUCAGACUAUAGUCCUAAGGGAGGGAACGUUUUCCUCUGUGUUUGGAUGUUUGUAGGCAUCAUUUUAACAGCAUUAAUCAAGUCCGAUCUGAAAAGACACAAUAUAAAUAAAGGAAUUACAAAUGGCGAUAUUAAAGCUGUACCAGUUGAUAGCCCCACAGAUGAAGAAUCAAAAACUAUUCUGAUGUCCAAGCAAUCAGAAUCAGCAAUUUGAGGUGAAAGGAAAAGUUAAUAUCAUGUGAUAAUUGAGUAAUAAAGCUUAGUUUAUAGGUUGUGGGAAUGGACACUUACUUGAAAAUUAUUGUAUGAUUCCUGUAUGCAGUUACUGUUCUUAUUUAUUAAUUUAAGCAAUAUUUUGCUUAAAAUACUUUUGUUUACAUCAUUUUAACACUACCAUUUAUCUAAUGAGUGUCCCAUCUUAUAUUAUUGACCUAAAAGUAAGCUUCUUGACAUUUGGUUUUUAAAAGUAGAUGUUCUUUUCGUAGAAAAUGGAAGCUUAGAAGGCUUUCUAAAAUGAUAAUAUGGAGGUCCAAUCCCUUCAAGUCACAUAGGAGUACAUGCAAUUUGUUUAUACAAAACUAUCCAGUGGAACCAAGUGUACAGUGUAUUCCUAAUUAUCUCCCUUUCCAUUGUUCAGACCAGCUGUCCAAGCCCCCUCAGUGUGAAUACAGUCUACGAAUAUGACACUUCUAACCCACCAAAUGACACUAUUGGGAUGAGACUUCCAGAUGACCUCUUAAGAUUUUUCCCAUUUCUUACAUUCUUGUUAGAAAAUACUUUGUAACAGGUACUGUCAGUGACCAUAAAAACUUUUCUGUGUGCAGACGGAACCCAUAACUUUGGUCUUAGGCAUAUGUUCUCAUUAAGCGAAGUAGCUCAGACACAGACUCAUUACCUUGAGUUCUUCUUUGUGCUGCCUUCCCAUUCAUCGCAAGAAUGCUAACACUAUAUUUUUUCACUCCAACUUGAUAUAGAGUAGUUUUGUAUCCACUACCUUUUUUUACUCUUUUUUUCUUCAAUAUAUAACUUUCUAGUAAGAAAAUUUCAUCCUAUGUGUUACUGGCUUUUUCAUGAUUUUUUGUAUCACACCUUAUACUUUUGCCUUGAAGAUUCCUGAGAUAAGGAAAUCUGUAAUAACUUCAGGUAGCCUAGGUAUUCCUAUUUAGUGGAGACCUCUUGAAAUGCUGUCUGUUCUAAUUCAGCAAAUCAUUCUUUAUGGAAUCUUUAUCAUUCUUUGAGGAAUCCUUUGCCCAGGUCUGUGCUCCCUCAGUGUGUUGGGGGAGUGGAUUCUUUUCUUCACCACAGAAUGUGCAUAGGCUCCAAACUGUUGGAACAUCUGCUCUUUUACAUGCUCAGGGUAAGGAGAAUAGGACCAAAUGCAUUUCCACAGUGCCUACCACUGCGUUUUGUUUACAGUGAGAAUCUCAAUGUUGUUCAUGUCCUGGCUCUCUAAGCUGAUAGGGAAUAUCUUUAGAGUAAUGGCAUUUAAACAGCCAUAAUAUUUAUAUUAUGUCCACAGAAACACAAAAAACCAAUCAGGUAUUCCCUUGAAUAUCCUUGAAGUGAAUUAGCAAUUCUGAUUUGGGUGUACUAUAUGCAUCGCUUUAUACUGAAAUUAUAACAUUCUCUGUAACCAAACGACAAUAAAUUAUGUGGAAUCUUACCCUGGAGAACGUGUUACUGGAAGAACUUAGCUGGGAAUCAGGAACUUCAGGUCUAUGUCCUGGAUCUGUUUCUAGUUUCCCUGUAAAUCAGCCAGCACUUUCCUCAUCCGUAUAAUGAAUGUGUAAAAUUUGAUCUCAGAGAUCUUUUUUGAAUUUUAAAUGCACUCAUCGGGGGAUAGACCAAAUCAUUGUACCACAGGAACUUAAAUCUAGCUGUAGAAAAAUUCCCUGGACAGUUGAAUAAACAACUGUGGUUGUUACCUUGUAGAUACAGGAAACUUAAAAUCUGUUUUUAGAACUCCCCUGGUGGCACAGUGUUUAAGAAUCCGCCUGCCAAGGCAGGGGACACGGGUUCAAGCCCUGGUCCGGGAAGAU